AUGGAAAACGGCGUCGACUCUGGCAUGCGAGCACUUCCACCAGGAACCGUUCAUCUCCUCCACACCGACAGCCACGGUGCCGGGGCCGACGAAGUCAUCCUUGUGCCACAGCCAUCCAAACACCCAGAUAACCCACUGAAUUGGUCAAAAAGCCGCAAGACUAUUCAUAUUUGUCUCAUCUACUUAUACACCUUUACGUGUGGUUACGGUGGCACCGCCACAUACUCUGUUUUGACCGACAUUUCUCGAGACACCAACAUCACCUUGACCCAACUCAACCUCGGCACCGGCUUGAUCUUUCUGCUAGCCGGAUGGGGAAACUGCUUUUGGCAACCUCUGGCACUCACGUUUGGUCGCAGACCAGUCUUCCUCGCCAGCCUUCUCGGCUGUCUGAUCAUAUCAGAAUGGACCGCUUGGACCGAUUCCUUUGCUGCGUGGACUGCGGGCCGUAUCCUCAUUCCCGACACGUUUUUUGCGCACGAGCGCGGAGCAUACGUCGGCAUCUACUCGAUGGUUUUGCAAGGAAGCAACUUUUUCGCCCCCUUUGUGUCGGGAUUUAUCAACGACGCACUCGGGUGGCAAUGGGUUCAGCACGUUUGCGCCAUCUUCUUUGCUUUGAAUCUCAUAUUGGCCUUGUUCUUCCAGGAAGAGUCCAUGUUUGAGAGACAGACUGCUGAAGUAGACGUUGAUCCGCCAUCGAAUGAAGAGCCUAGGCAUUCCGACACGGCUAGAGUUGGGAACUCGCCCGUCAUUCAGACCACCGUCGAUACUCGUGAACCUGCGGACGAUGAAAAAGCAACGUCAACUGGAAUCGCCAAUAACAGAGAUGAGUCUAUGGGAGAAACUUACACGGUCAAAUCCUAUCGCCAAAAGCAGGCAUUGUAUACCCGCAGUGGUCUCACCUUCAAGCAAUGCUUGCGCAUCGCAUAUCGGCCAAUCUUCAUCUUCUUCCAGUUUCCCUGCAUUGCAUGGGCGGGACUACAAUAUGGGUUCACAAACGCCUGGUAUUCCGUUUACAACGCCACUGCAUCCUCGAUACUUUCAUCGCAGCCUUAUUCAUAUCGUGCAUCAAUGGUAGGCGUUACCUACCUUGCUCCACUUCUCGGGGCUUUGAUCGGCGGUUACGUCUCAGGCCCGGUAUCAGAUUCCUUCAGCAUGAGGUUGGCACGCCGGAACAAGGGAUUUCGCGAGCCAGAGCACCGUUUGUGGGGAAUGUCGUUGACUGCAAUCAUCUUGCCGCUAGGACUACUGUUAUGGGGAGUCGGAGCUGCCUUUUCGCUGCCCAUAGGUGUCCUGAUGCUGGGAUCCGUUUUCUGCGGCUUUGGGAUUGUGACUGGAGGGACGUAUUCCAUCACGUAUUCGGUUGAUGCCUUCAAGGAGAUUGCUGGCGAGUCAAUCGUUUCACUCAUCUUGUGUCGCAAUACGCUCACCUUUGGGUUCAGCUAUGCCAUCACGCCUUGGAUCGAUGGUGCAGGAUUGCAGAAAACGUUUAUCGUGGUUGCAAUCAUCUCUUUCUUGACGGGUGUGUCGUUCCUGAUCAUUAUCUGGAAAGGGAAGCAGCUGCGCAUAUUUUCGGAAGCUAGGUAUUGGAGAUAUGCGGCAAUGCAAGUUGUGAAGCACUAA